AUGUCGCUUGCUGCAACUCCGGAGAUCAUCAUGGUCCGCAUGUACAACCCUGCCACGCUGGAAAUUGAAUGGCAGCCGUUGCCAGUGCUGUUUCCGGACACUUUGCUCCAGGCCCUCUGGCAAGCUGGUGAGGAUGUAUUUCGAUAUUGUCUCUUCGGGAAGAUGACUGAAGAUGAGACGCUUCAGUUUUGGAAGCACAUUGAGAAGCAUUGCCCGUGGUUUCAGUCAAGCCCCGCUUACAACUGGGAGUGGAAGCAAAAGGUGGCAAGUGUGGGAACCUAUGGAGACGAAAUCCAGUGUUACAAGAACAGCGAAUGCGGGGUAGUCAGCGUGACUGCCUGGACAGCAGAAUUCUCCACUCAGAACAAUCCUCUCUUGAGAUAUUUCCCAAUUGCUGUAUGGUCAGAGCAUUGCGAAAGCGAGUUCACUUUUGCAGAUCUUGAAAAGGAGAUGAUUGAACGGUGGCGCCGCCUGACUGAUCCAUCUCUGACUUGGCCAUGGACCAGCUCAGGAUAUUUGAUCGCAUUCACUUUUUGCCAAGGCGCGGCUCUGAUCUACAUGUGCGAGGCUGGCUACUUUGGGCAGGUGAUGGGAUUGCCUGGCCUCUAUGUUGACCGCCUUGCUCCAGCACUUCGUCGGGCACAUAGGGACUUUUUACUCUUCAAGAAGAUGCACAAACUCUCUUGCAGCCAGCCACGUUUUACACCUGCGAGGUUGAAUCGAAAGGUUCAAACUAGUUUCCCUGCGUUGCAGUCCAAAGCAGUGGCCAGCAAAGUGCUGACUUUCUGGCUCGCCAACAGAGCAACUACCUUUGCGCAAAGGCCUGACGCAACGAAGGCUGACCGUAUCAUGGCCAUCUGUUUAUAUGCCUAUUCAAAGAUGAUCAUGGUGAUGGACGAGGCUGACCAUCUGAUGACGGAACGGCAAGCUGCUGAUUUUCACGGUUGGGUGAUCAAACACCUACAUUCCUAUAUCUGGCUGCACGGACAUGGGAUGAUGCCUGGGGCCGCAAGGACCAUGCCCGGGCGGCGUUGCUGGUUGCUACUUCCAAAACUGCAUCACCUUUGGCAUUUGAGCUGGGACACUUUGCAGAACAGGGUGAACCCUAAGACCUGCUUGUUGUUGUCCGCCGAAUCCUUCAUUGGAGACAUAGGUCGAGUGGCCAGGUCGUGCCACCGAAGUACAGUAUCAAUCCGGACCCUGGAGAGGUGGGCCGUGAAAAUGGCUUUGAAAAUCGAAGCCCUCAAGGAGGAACUCCGAGGGAACUAG